AUGUUUGCGGUUCCGCUGGAAUACGACAACCUAUCGGGAUCGUUCGUCACGACAGUGCAAGUUGGCACUCCCCCACAAACAUUCUAUGUGAUUUUGGACACUGGUUCUCCACAGCGUUGGUUGCCGUCAGCUGAAUCAAAUGAUCCUGUCGUAAAGUCGCGAAAACGGAGGUACAAAUCGAGGACGAGAAAACCCACGGGAAGGAUAAUUUCCGUUAAAUAUGCGAGCAUGAGCGUUGUUGGACGGCUGGUUGAGGAUACUUUGAUUAUAGGUGGAUACACGUUUCAGGAUUUCAAGUUUCUGGAAGUAACCGAGAUGUCCCGAGCUCCAGGAAAGAAUACACUGUUCGAUGGUGUUUUUGGACUAGUUUUGGAUAUGACAUCGCUGGAGUUUCAUCCGACACUACUUGGUAUGAUGCAGGAGUGCGGCCUGAUUGAAGAGUACUCCGUAGCAUUUCGAUUUUGUGGAAUUCGAUAUGGAGAGCUCGUGUUAUGCAGUGACUGUGAAGCCCUCAUUGAUACAGGCGGUUAUUACAUAAGCGGCCCGAAAGAGCUCAUAAAGAAAGUUCACCUCCAAAUGACUGUUAGAGAGGUCACUGAACACGGAGUUUACGUGGAAUGCAAGCAUAUUCAUACGUAUCCAGACCUUGAAGUAACCAUGGGUGGAACCACUUACAAAGUAACAGCGGAUAAGCUUAUAAUGGAGGAGGUUCGAAAAAGGGAUCGAAAAUGCCUCUCAGGAUUUAUUUCGAAAAAUUCUGAAAGUUCGUGGACACUCGGACUGCCAUUUUUGCACAACUUUUUGACGGUUUUCCAACUAAUGGAUCAGCAAAUUGGAUUUGCAAAGGUGAAUUGCGACGCACCUCCUGUGCAGUCUACACCCGUCUAGUUUAUGGUCGCUGAGUAAGCUAAAAACAAUGCACUGCGUUCUGAUUCAGCAAUAAAUGAUGCAAAC